AUGAGGACCCAACCCAACAUAAUCAUCACCGGCACGCCUGGCGUAGGCAAAACGACGCAUUGCGAGACCCUGGCGCAAAGCACCGGCCUCAAACACCUUUCCGUCAACGAAGUUGUGAAGGAGCGCGGUUGUCAUGAUGGAUAUGAUGAGGAGCUCAAGAGUUGGAUUGUGGAUGAAGACAAGCUGUUGGAUGCGAUAGAGGAUGAGGCCAAGCAGGGUGGAUAUAUAAUAGAUUGGCAUGCGUGCGAUUUAUUCCCGAAAAGCUGGAUUGAUCUUGUGGUUGUUUUGAGGGUUGACUCGGAGCAGUUAUAUGAUAGGCUGAAAUCCAGAGAUUACCCCGAAGCCAAACUCCAGGAGAAUCUAGAUUCGGAAAUCAUGCAGGUGCUACUUCAAGAAGCUAGGGACUCGUACGAUGAAGAGAUUGUGGUGGAACUUAGCAGCAAUACGACAGAUGAUAUGGAGAGUAAUGUUGAGAGGAUUGAGGGUUGGGUCAAGCAGUGGAGGGAGGAUAAUGCGCAAUGA